GAACUUUGGGGCUUCUUUCUCUUCCCUAAAUCUGUAGUGGGCCCACUGAUCUUUCUCUAAGAGUUGGUAAACAGGACCAUCAUUAUUGGGGCAAUGUAGUUUAUGCCUCUACCCACCUGCACACACAGACCAGGCCUCUAACCACCCCCCUGGGAGCCUGCGUGCCACAGCCUGGAACCCACAGCCUCUCCGGAGCCUGCACAGUCAACCCAGACUGAAGCCGAGGUCUUCUAGAGAGACGGAAGUGCGAACCGGCCGGGGCGAAGCCGAAUUUUGAGAGGCCCGAAUGCCUCCGCAUCCACCAGGGCACCGCUGGGACUCAUUCUCUUGGCAAACUUGUGGCCAGCCAAAACCACCAUGCUUCACAUCCCCGUUAUCCUUGGUUACCGCCCAAGAUUGGCUUACAGAAGAGAUGAAAUGUGGUCUGAGGGACGAUAUGACUAUGAAAGGCUUCCAAGAGACCGAGUACCUCCUCGAAGUCACCCCAGUGAAGGCUACCACAGGGUAGUUAAUAUCAUACCAAAGAAACCACCACUGCUGGACAGGCCUGGCGAGGGAGGCGCGAACAGGUUUUAUAGCCACAUUGAUUACCGGGAGUAUGAUGAGGGCCGCGGUUUUUCUCAUGAUCGAAGAAGUGGUCCAGCUCACAGAGAUGAGUCUGGCUACAGGUGGACAAGAGAUGAUCAUUCUGUAAGCCGACAGCCUGAAUACAGGGACUUUAGAAGAAAAAGUUUCUACUCUUCCCAUUAUGUGAGAGACCGGUCUCCGCAUAAAAGAGAUGCUCCUUUUUUCAGAGAAUCGCCUGUAGGCCGGAAGGAUUCUCCACACAGCAGAUCUGGCUCCAGCGUCAGCAGUAGAAGCUACUCUCCAGAAAGAGGCAAAACGUACUCUUUCCAUCAAUCUCAACAUAGAAAUAAAGAGAGACCUGUUCAGUCUUUGAAAACAUCAAGAGACACCUCACCCACAAGUUCCUCAGCAGUUACUUCAUCAAAGGCGCUGGACAAGCCCAGCAGGCUGACUGAGAAGGAACUUGGUGAGGCUGCCAGCAAGUGGGCCACAGAGAAGCUGGAGAAGGCAGACGAGAGUGACCUACCAGAAAUUGCUGAGUACGAGGCCGGGCCCACAGCCCCACUGUUCAUAGACCAUCCAGAGGAGCCCGAGUCACAUGCAGCAGAGGGCAUCGGAUUACUUGAGGACAGUCAGCUGACCAGUCGCUCUAAAGCAAUAGCAUCAAAAACCAAAGAGAUUGAGCAGGUUUACCGACAAGACUGUGAAACUUUCGGGAUGGUCGUGAAAAUGCUGAUUGAGAAAGAUCCUUCAUUAGAGAAGUCUAUACAGUUUGCAUUGAGACAGAAUUUACAUGAAAUAGGUGAGCGGUGUGUUGAAGAACUCAAACAUUUCAUUGCUGAGUAUGACACCUCCAGUCCAGAUUUUGGAGAGCCUUUUUAGAAAUUACUUGCUCAGGCAAAAAAAUGUUUCUAGGUUUUUUUCCUUUCCUGGAUUGUGAAAAUCCUUAAUAUAUGGAGUUUUUGUGACAAAGAGAAAAACUUUAUGAUAGUUGACCAUAUUUCCAAUAUGAAAUAAACAUUUAAAAUAGUCUAAAAGAUUUUAAUUAGAAAUUUCUUUUUUAAUCUACAUGUAGAGCCUCCUAACCCAUACUUAUCUUUAUUUUUCCCUCCUAAAAUGAUUGGUCAGUUAAUUUUUCGAGCUUUGAAAAAAACAGUUCUGGACAACAGCCUUCCGUCCUCACUUCUGUAGUCGUCCAUUGUACGCGAUCGUUUGGUCGCACUCGUGUCUUUUGUAGGUUGGAGAUCUUCCACUUUACCAUGUACAGCCUUUCUCUUCUCACCAUCAGAGGCGCCGUGUGAAAGUUGCCAGAAUUCUGAGUCACGGUUUUACUGACUUGUGGCUUAUCUUACACUUUGUACCUUUUAAUAGUUUAAGUUCACUCUCCAAAUAAAUGGACUGCUUUGGUACCUUAAAGAAUAUUUGCUUUGAGAGUAAUUAUCAUUGUGAUAAAAUAGAGCACUUAAAUCUCUAAAAGACACUUCCUAAUAAAAUCCUGUUUUUCAAGUAAAGAAACUCAAUGUCUUCUAUUAAAAUAAUCCUGAAGCUCCUGACCACUCUCCCUGGUCUGUGAGUCUCAAACAGUAUGUAUGUGAGAGUAAGAGUACGAUUUGAGAUGAAGGAGGAAGGCUGUUUUAAAGUCGAGAUUUUGUUAAUUCUAAUUGAAAAAGAAAACUGCGGAAUGUGAGGCAGCGGGGCAGUUUCGUUUUUUCUAUAGGCCCGUAUCCCCCAUCUCAGAAAAGAAGGCGGUUGACAGCAUAUCCAGGAUUAAACCAUUCACAGAUACGCCUGUCUCGGUCUCUGCCAUCCGGCACUUCUCUGUCCUGCUGCCCUUUCCGGGGGUGCCGAGUCCUUCAAGAGUGUCCUUGAGGGAGACCAGGCGGAGUGGGCGGCAAGCAGCACAGCUCCCUCCGCCAGACGGCGUCUGUGAAGAGCCCCAGAAGGGGCCCCGCACCCCGGCUCAGCCAGAGGUCUCCCGGGGCGGGCAGGGUGUGCCGCUCACUUCCAGCGGCCAGUGGCAUUUAGCCAGCAUGAGUAAUUUUGUGGCAUUAGUUAGGAAAACUUCAAAAUCUUGUUUGUUAUUACUACCCAAUUUCAUAAUCAUUCCAUUUCCACUCCCUUCUCACUUGAAUCCUGGCAUUAUUUUUAGUAUCCUCUACUGAUGAUAUCUAAGGAGCUACUCUACCUGCUGCAGAGUAGGUAAAAAUUAUAUUAAAAAUGGAAAUAGCAGUAGAAGCGAUUAUAGCAGAUCCUAUAAUGGGAACCUUGAAAUAUGUAUUUUGCCAUUCUACAAAUGUAAAAACUAAUUGAAAACAAGAAUUAUUUUCUUAAAUCCCCAGAUGAGACCUUGAAUUUUUCUUUUUUUCGCCAUUUAGAUGUUUUACAUAAGCUACAACUAAGCCCAGGUCUCAUCUCUGGUAUUCUUCCCUAAUUAUGAACAGCAAUUUUAUUUGUUAUCAACUUCAGAAAGAUUAAGAAAGUACCGAUGUUGUUUCUCCACUGCCCCCAUGUUUUUCUCCUCGUUAAACAUUCUAAUUUCAGGGUUCACUUCCUUUAGUCAGUGUGUGUCAAGUUCAAACCUAAAACUUGAACAGGCCAAGGAGUUGUUAUUCACUUGUUGAAAUUCAUUAAACGAGAGAAGUUUUACUCACAGAUGCAUUUAAACAGAUAAUUUCUUCUUUUUCCCUUCCCCCAAAUUACAUUCAGCAUUUAAAGUUGCUGAUAGCUUGCCAUCAGCAUUAUUCUGAUACGCUUGUCUGUGUUAAAUCUGUUCAGUUUUGUUUUUUUUUCUUAAAGUUUUUUAGAGUCUAAAUUUAGGAUAAAUUCAGAUGUGUAUCAGAGCGUGUAUUUUGCAAAAUGUUCUUGAUUAAAUAAACUGUUCGUAGAUAAUCCAUUGUUUUUGAGUAUGCCCAACUGAUGUGAUAAAAAUUUCAUUGUCUUAUAAAUGACUUGAUGAUCAACGGGGCAGAGCAGAUGUUGUGAACUUUUUUGUGAAUUUUAAAAGUGCAAAAUAAAGCAAACAGGUUUAAAUAA